CUGGCGUCUUAUCCUCGCUGCGGCCGCCCGGGGACGCUGAAGCUCGGCGUUUCCUGGCGGCACAAAUGUCCGUUUGUAAAGCAGCAGGGCUAGAGUCUGCAGGAUUUGCAGGCUUCCGUCUUGAAGGAAGUCUGGGAGGCUCAGAAUUUCCAGCGUUUUCACCGUAGAGCCAGCCUCGCCAGGGCCAAACCACCCAGUAGCCUGACUGCCAGCAGCCUCGGCAGCUCCUGUCCUGAAUGCCCACACAUAAAUCACACGUCUAGGGGUUUCUCACAGGGAGGAAUAAAAAUUUUUCAUCUAUAAUUCAGAAGCUAAGUAAAUAACAAAAUGAAGCCAGUAAAGCAUCUGUUGGCAUCUAGUAGUAAAUUGGCAAAUGUUCCAGAAUUAACAUAUAAAAAAGGAGUAUUUAAUUCACCAUUGUCACCUAAACCAAAGGAAAAACAUAGUGCAAAAUUAGUACGUGAUAAACUUGAACCAGUGGUCUUAAGAUCUCCACCAACAGGGGAAUCCAUCAUAAGGUAUGCUUUGCCCAUUCCAUCAAGUAAGACAGAGGAGUUAGUAGCAGAAGAUGAAUUGAUCAGGAAGAUUACCAAACAUCUGAAGAUGGUUGUUUCUACUUUGGAAGAAACCUAUGGAUUUAGCAUUCCAAGUGGAGAAGAACCAGUUGUGAAGCCUGAACAUGAAGGAUUAACCUUUCCUGUUGAGAAUGAUCUGAAUUCAUUCUUGGUAUGUUGUUCACAACUUGCAGCUCAGUUAGAAGCAGCAGCUAAGGAAGAACGUAAUAUUUUGGAAUCUCUUUUUAAGUGGUUUCAGCGACAGGUCAAUCAGAUGGAAGAGAUAAGUAGAGGUCAAACUUUUUCAGCAGAGUUUCCAGCACCUGAUAAAACAGUCAGUUUAAGCAUUGCACAAAUAGUAAAGCAGAUGCACAAACUUGAAGAACUGAAAAAUCGCCUUAAAGAAAGGUCUAAAUUCACCUUCAAAGACAUGUCAUCUAAACCCAAGGAUAGUGAAAUUCCACCAGAAGAAGUGCAAACUUAUGAAACUGUACUGCAGAAAAUUGAAGAAUUCAUAAAAACACACUCAACUGAAGAAAUUACAGGUGUUUCUGCGACUGAGCCACUAGAAACUUCUACAAUGACUAAUCGAUUGCAUACCAUGUUGAAAAUAUUUGAAAAUCAGGCAAAUAAAUUAAAGAGAGCUAUGAGUGAGCAAGUUUUGUUAGAGGCUAAAAACACACAGAUUCAAAGUGACCUCCAAGUGUUGUCAGAGGAGAAACUGAUGCUGGAAAAUGAACUACAAAAGUUGAAGAGUACAGAGAAACCAAAGGCUACAAGUGAGCGACAAAAGAAAACUAUGAAAAUGGAGAAGAAAAAAGACGAAGGAAUAUCUGAAGAUUUAGAAGAGAAGAAGUCUGUAGUGAAAGAGCUUAAAGUAAAAGAAGAUAUGCCUCAAGUCCAGGAAGUAGCACAUGCUCUGAAAAUUGAGAACAGAGUUCUUCGGGAACAACUGAAACAAGCUUUACAGGAAGCUGAAAGAGCUAAGGAGCAACUUGCCUAUUUCCAAAAUCAAGAAAUGGAGUUACUUAAAAGUGAGGGAAAGACCAAGACAACAGCAGAAAUGGGUAUUGAUAAAAUAAAAGUUAAAGGUGAAGAUUCAAAAUAUAUACCAUUGGAGAAAGACACAAGAAAAACACUAGUGGCAGAUUCAGGUGGACAAAAAGAAAAUGAUAAAAUUAAACAUCCACAGAUCCUCAAGUCUCAAGAUGGAUCACCUUUUUUAAACACUUCAAAUGAAAUUUUAACUGAUGAAGAUCUGUCCCAUCUACUUUCAUCAAAGACCCAUGAUAAAUCACUUACAAGAAUAUUAUUGAGCAAAGAAGUUCAAGAUUCACAGUCUGUUGGAACAUUGCUUCAAGGGAAUGAAACAGCGACAGCAUCAUUCGUUUCACCCCCUUUUGUUAAAAUGAAGACUCUGGCUACUGACAUCUCAAAGGCUGAUAUUUUAGAAGAGAAUUUACGAAGUAAGAUUAAAAAGCAAACUUACGAAGAAGCAAAAGAAUUUCAAGGUUAUGAUGAAGCAUCAGAUGAAAAGCUUAUGCUUAACCAUCAGGAUUCAGUGUCAAAACGCCAAACACAAGUAAAGAAACAAAGAACUUUCAAAAGGGAAAGACUCUCUACUCAUGAUAAAGUACCAGAUAAGAAGCUUAUGCAUGAGAAUCAAGAUUCAGUGUCAAAAAUCCAACAGCAAGUAAAGAAAGAAAGAAAUCUCAGAAGGGAAGGACACACUACUCAGUUUGAAGUACCAGAUGGAAAUCUUCUCUAUGAGGAUCAAGACUCAAUAUCAAAAACACAAAUGCAAGUAAAUACACAGAGAACAUUCAAAGCUCAUGAUCAUGUGUCAGAUGAAAAUCUUACGUUUAAGCAUCAAGACUCAAAGUCAGAAACAGAAAUGCAUGCAGAGAAACAAAAAUCUUCUAGAGAUGAAAGUCUCAUUACUCAUCGUAAAGUACCAGAUGAAAAUCCUGUGCUUGAGCAUCAUGGAGACUCAAUGUCAGAAACUCAACUGGAAGUAAAGAAACAAAGACCUUCUAAAGGAGAAAGACUCAAUACUCAGGAUGCAGUACCAGAUGGAAAUCGUAUGCUUGAGCAUCAAGAUUCUGUGUCAAAAUCAGAGAUUCAAGUGAAGAAACAAAGCCCUCACAAAGGGGAAAGACAUAUUACUCAUGAUGACACACCAGACAAAAAUCCUGUGCUUAAACAUCAAGAUUCAGUGUCAAAACUCCCCAUGCAAGUACAAAAACAAAUAACUUCCAGAGGAGGACAACACAGUAGUCAUAUUGGAGUACUGGGUGAAAAUCUUACGCUUGUAAAUCAAGAUUCAGUGUCAAAACCCCAAAUGCAAGUAGAGAAACAAAUACCUUACAGAAAGGAGAUGAGUCAAACAUUUCCUCUUCAAAACGAGAAAAACGAUACGAUAACACUUGAAAAUCUACCUCCUGAGAAGAAAGGUUUUUUUUCAAGAAACCAAUCUCAAACUAAGAACCUUAGAACUAUCAGACAGGAGAAUCUUGAUACUCAGAAAGCAGAAGACGUAUUACCCGAGGAUGAAGUUGAAUUGUCAAAAAGCCAAUCUCAAACUAAGAAACUUAGAGCUGUCACAAUGAAAGCACUAAAUAAUCAAGAUGCGAAUGAACUCUCAGAUGAGAAUUUUAUACUUGAAGAUCUAGUACUAGCUAAAGGAUACAAGGAUAAAAUUCAAACAAGUGGAGUUUAUGAGUCUCAAAAAUUGAGAGUUAAAAAUGAAGCAGCCUCAGAACAUCCAGAUACAGCAGAAAAUCUUCCAGCAGUGAAUCCAUCAGUUAAUGACCUAAUAUUUCAAUUAGGUUUAAACAAAGUGGUAGAAAUUGAUCUAGAACCCUUGAAAGAUACUGUUGGAAGACGUAUAUUAAUGGCAGAAAUGAAGAUACAACCAAAGAGUGUCCCUGACACUGAUACAGAGCGCUUCCCAGAUGCUAUUGGAAGAGGUAUAAUAAAGGGUGGAAUCAAGACACAAUCCAAGAGUCAUCCUGAGACUGAUAUACAACGCAUGAGAGAUACUGUUGGAAGAGAAAAAGCAGUUGGUGAAAUCAAGACACAUCAUCAGAGUCACCCUAAGAGUGACACAGAACGCUUCCCAAAUAUUGUUGGAAGAAGUAUUAUGAAGAGUGAAUUCAAGACACAACCCAAGAGUCGUCUUGGGACUAAUGUAAAAGGCUUGACAGAUAAAACUAGAAGAGGUGUAAUAAAGGGACAAUUCAAGAUACAAUCAAUGGAUCUCCCUGACACUGAUACAGAGCGCUUCCCAGAUGCUGUUGGAAAAGGUAUAAUAAAGGGUGAAAUCAAGACACAAUCCAAGAGUUAUCCUGAGACUGAUAUACAACGCAUGAGAGAUACUGUUGGAAGAGAAAAAGCAGUUGGUGAAAUCAAGACACAUCAUCAGAGUCACCCUAGUAUGAGUUUAUUUAAAAACAAAAAUGCAUUCUCAUAUCAAGAAGAUUUCUACACCAGGCACAUUGCACCAAGUAAAUAUAAAACAAAAGUGAUGAAUUUAUCACCCUUUGAUGAUGAAGUCCCAGGCAAGGUCAAUAGAAAGAGUCAACAUGAGGGAGAUCGAAAAAAUUUGACCUUAAACAAAAAGAAAGGUGAACUUGAUACUCUGCCUGCUCUGAUCGCUACAGCUAGAAAACCUAUCUAUAAAGGAAGUCUCUCAGUGUCAGAAAUGGUUCUUAACAUCGAGUCAAAUUCUACCUUCAUAGAGUACAGGCUACCAAUUCUGAAUAUACGUGUAUACUGGGGUUGAACAAAUAAAUACAGGAAUGAUGGAAUGUAAGAGCCAGGUUUCUCAGUGCUGGAGAGAGAAAUUAUAGCAGCAUUAUUCCACAAUAGCUGAAAGACAGAAGCAGUCCAAGUCUCCAACAAUGGAUGAAUGCAUAAAGAAAAUGAUACAUGUACAUACAAUGUAAUAUUAUUCAGCCUGAAAAAAGAAGGAAAUUCUGACACAUGAUGCAACAUGGAUGAACCUUGAAGACUUAUAGAAAAAUGAAGAAAAUCUAACAAGAAUAAGCUUUGAAAAUAUUCUAGAGGAGCAAAGACUUUAAAGCUUUUAGAAGAGUUUAUAAAUUUGUUUUCCAGAGGAUACAGAGAGCAAAGUCACAUAAAGGGUGAACACUCUCAAGAGUGAGAUUGCAGGGGCCAGUGUAUAAUUUGUUUUCCUGAAGUUCUACUCAGCUGUUCCAAAGCAGCAGUACUAGUUUGCACUUUCAGUGGCAGUGCCUGAAGGUUCCUGUCAGUCAACCACUCACUAACACUUGAUGUUACCAGGCUUUCUAAUUUGUCCUAAUCAGGCUUCUGACCAACCAGAGAAGUCAUUCACUACUACCAAUGAGCAAGUAUUCUUACCUCAGGCUACUUCUCUUUACAUACUAAGUGGACGAGCACAUUCAUCCUGAGCUCUGACCUUUGGGAGGAUUUCUCCUUGGAGGAUUACCUGUCUUUCAGCACCACCUGAGUAUGGAGUUAAUAUAGCAACAAUCCAUUUUUAACUUGCAUCUAUUUACAAGACUGCACCUGCACCAGAGCUCUUUCCUGAGUCCCAUUCAAAGCUGGCAGCAUCACCUGGUAUAUGGGUCAGGUUGGUUAUGUUUGACCUUGGAGAAAUGGCCCUCUAUAGGAGACAACCUAUGCAUCCCAGAAGUGCACUCUCCUCUCUUCACCCAAGGGCAGGGGGCCAGCUGGUCCCAGGAUGGUCACUGGCAUGCAUUUGUGGACUCAGUCUGAAGGCUGCUGGACUAUAGUUUUCUUGCUUCUGGUUUCUGCUCACUGGUGGGUGAAGCUAAUCUAGAGACUUUUGAAGGACUGGUGCCUGCACCCUGGUGGAUGGAGAAACGUUUCAAGUGCUGAAAGAGAAAAACCACAACCCAGGAUACUCUACCCAUCAAGGUGUAUCACUGCAAAUGCUGCUAGCAUUCUGUACAUUUUGAUAUGUAUGACAGCUUACCACCCUCACAGUGGUGGAGGCUUAAUGGGCCAUCUCAUCUAAUCCAGCCUCAAAAUCUGCUCCCACGGAUCACUCACUCAGAAGCCACUUCCACAUCUGCCUAAAUUCUCAAGAGAAUCCUGGGACGCGAGAGCUGUCCGGAGAGCCAGUGGACUGUCUCUAUAGGCUCCAGAAGAGUCCUGGAGAUACUUGCUGUUUCUGAACUCCUGUGAACUUAUUAGGUCAGAAAUAACUUAAGUUUUCAAGGACACAGGCAAAAAAACAAAGACAAAUGGCCUCUAUUCAGUAAGGUUACCUCUCAAGCUCUAGUAAGCAACAGAGGAGUGGGAAAAAGACAAUUCCAAAAUCAGAAGUUGACCACAGUGCUUUUUAACUAGUAUGAUGAAGUGUUCUUGUGGCUCAAGGUCUUAUCUGGGCGUGUUUAUCAAAGAAUUUAUAAAGUUUUAUCCUCUGCAAAAGAGUAAGAAAACUUUGUAAAAUGUCAGAGAAUCACUGCAAAAUAUGCCACUAUUGACACUUAGGCAUGAUACCUAACAUUUCAUAAAUUUUCAAAAUAAGGAGUUUGAAUGAAAAAAAAAUUUACAACUGUUAUUUUCUCUCAGGACUCAUUAACUUUUGGAAAGUACUUCACUGGAGGUCAAAAUGUACUAUUUGCUAGGAAAAUAAAAAAUAUUUUAGUGACAAAGUUCUAUGUGGUUUCAAAGCUAAUUAUCAAUCUCUUUGACUGUGUUUUGAAACUGCCAGUUUUAAGCCUAAAAUUAUUCAAAUGCCAAUGCUGUUAUGGUCAGCAUGAGAAAUAAAUUCUAUACAAUUUCUCCAGCUUCCAAAUAAAAGGAUUUCUAUAGUCAGAAAAUCUGUUUAUAAAUUAUAAUAUAAAAUUAAAAAUUCACCAUAUUUCAGCAUCAAAAACAUGCCAGGAAAAAGAAUCAUGUAUUGAAUAUAACAGAAAAUAGGCUCUGUUCCUAUUUAUAAAAAAAUCUCAUUAUAAAAGUAAACUGGUGGAGCAGAAAUAUGGUAUUCAGUUCAUCGGGUUACGCCUCCGGUGUAAGGAAAUGCGCUGAGCCGAGCGGCAGUGUGGGUGGUGGGGAUGGAAGAUGAGACAGGUGACAUGGAUAGUGCAUGAAGGAGGUAAUUUUCCUCAUGAAGAUGUAUAGUUCUCAACUGAAAGAUGAUUUAGUCUAAGCCAGGAAAUACAUUUAAGUGGAACAGGUAAAAAAGAUACCAAUUUUUUUAAAUGGGAGGGGCACUGCAAAUGUGAGAGGCUGGUAAAGUUGAAACUUUUACCACAAUCCUCUCCCCAAAUCUCUGACACUUAUUGUAUUGCUCCAGGAAGGGAUAUAUUUCUUUCAAUAAGCUUCACACAAGUAUUUUUUAUGGAUACAUAUACUUUCUAACAUAAAUAAACCAAAGCCAAAUGAAAAUAGAAACUUAUCAGAAACGUAACAAUUCCCUGUCUAUAUCUUAAAUAAAAUGAUAUAAUUUCCAGCUUCUAGUUAAUAGCUCUAAGAGGAUGUUCAUAAAGAGUUAAUUCUGCUUAAUACAGGGAUGAAACCUAUCUCCUAGGGAGGUAAGAGAAGGGUGGGGAGAGAAGGGGAUUUAUCCAGUAUUGUAUGGAGAGCCCAGAGACAGUCUGAAAUCUUAUUUUACCAUCUCUCUCCCUCCUUCCCUUCCUUCUUUCCUUCUCUCUUUUAGUCUAAGUAAAAUACCCAAUGACCAGGAAUUUUCUGUCACUCUCUUUAAGCUAUAAAAAUUUUAGGCACACAAACUGACAAAAUAUAUAAAACCCAAACAUGCAAUUUAAAUAUUUUAGGCAUUUUUAUUUAAUAAAUAACUUCAGUAAAUAGCAUUGUAAAAAGUGAACUGUUAAAAUUAAAAGGCACUUAAAAUAGAAUGUGGCUAGUAUGAAACCAAACAGGAAAUUCAAACAGUGAGAAGUAAAUAUACAGUGGUCUGUUACAUCACUAAUUGAAAUUAAGAAUUGCUUAACUGAUGGCUGUUGCAUAAGCCAUAGUACAAUUUCACAUGGUCAUUAAAAAGGCAAAUGUACAGCUAAAACAUCAAUGAAAAAGUACUGAUAACAAAAGUCUUACCCAAAAUUGCAAACAAAUACAUUAAAAGAUUAGAAGAGGUGAUAAAAAGCACCAGGCUUUAAACAAAAUAAAAUGAAUAAAAUAAAAUAAAUUCACCCAGAGGUCCCCAAUUCAGCAAAUACUAUGUAAAUUAAGGCCUUUAUAUAAAUCAAGGACUUUUUUUUGCAGAAAAUUCCCCAAUACUUUUAAACAAGGCUUGAAUUUAAAAAAAAGAAGGCAUAAAAGUUACCAAGAUUAAGUAACUCUUGAAAUGGCACACAGGUUUUAAAGCUAUGUUCUCCCUUCCUAACUCUCUGACUUUUCCCAUGGCCUUUGUAGAUCAAACAUUUCAUUAUUUUACACAAGCAACUCCCAACAUACUCAUCUUUCAGAUACAUCAUGUUAUCAGUCAUGUCUAAUAAGGAAAAUAACAAAAUAACAAUUUAAAACAAUUCUAAACUAGCUAGAAGGACAUUCACUUUGGAUUCUGUAUAACUGAAAAGUGACAUAUCUGCAAAGCAAGAAAUCAGUUUUAAUACUUGAUUAAGAGAAACUCUCAUCAUACUCAUUACUUUAACUACUGCCCUUUCAAUCACUCUAGAAAUAUCGCUUAAUCCACUAAGAGCUGGAUUUCAACAGUCCAGGAGGAAAAGGUCAAAAAGGCACAAUGCAACCUUAGAUGAUAAGGAUAACCAUCCUGUCUCAAGUCUUCUGUCAGUCCCUGGCAUUGAUUAUAACAUUAUCUUCAAAAUAAUAAAAAAAUUUUCAAAUUAUACAUAUUGUACAUUUUCAGAACCUGCCCAAGAGAGAACCACAGCAACACUGCCCUGAAACUACCUUACUGUGGGUGUGGAGUUACUACUUCGCACUCAGUGCUGUGGAUACGCACUGGCAGCGCUCAUUUUCCCUCAUACUUCGGAUUGACAACAGUUGUCACAGCACUCUUAUAAAUAGGAUUUUCACCCUAAAAAAAAGAGAGAAGUUAUCAGUCACUCUACUGAAGUCAUGUAACAUUAUUUAUAAGACAAUAUUAAAAGUAAAGAUCGUUUUCAUAAGUCAUUUCCAUUUUAUCUGUCCAGGCAUCACACUGAAUUUUUUAAAAGGCAUUAAAAAGUUUACACAAAAUUUGAAAAUGAAAGCUUUGCCCUACAAGUCUAAAGGUACCCCUGUCAUCUGGCACUAUUUCCUUUCUGACCCAUUCCUCCACUGGAGGGCGUGCUGUUAACGGCUUCUCUCUUUUAAACUGGUUUUGAAUGGCUGUCUUGAAACUAAUUUUGAACUUAAGGAAUUCUUCUGCCAUCAACUGCCUGAUUCUUAACCCUUUACUGUGCACAAAGGUGCUUGAUAAUGAAGACUCCUUGGCUUUUCACCUCUGUGAGGGAGAUAUUCUUCUGAGGCUCUGCCACAAAAGUUGUGGAGAGUUCUGGGGUAAGACUGUCACAGUGUCACUGCGAGCACAGUACCUCUACCAAGGCAUCACAUUGCCACAUCUGCUUAGACAAAAAUAAUUUCCAUUCUUCAUGAAAUAAUUGCUAUUCUUCAAUAUCGUACUGAUGAAAUAUUUUAUUUUAUUGUUAAUUCUGUAUUUUACUAAAGAGUACUGAAAUCAAGCCCAGUAAAUGACUCCAAGCCAUAAACACAAGAGAUUUUUCAAUAUCCAAAACUUUACUGACACAGGAAGAUAACAUACAUCCCCAUGCUAUCAUUUUCUUUAAAAAUUCUCUUAUGCUAAGUGAUACAUUUAAAUAUCUGCUACAGCAUUCUUUCUCCUGCUUGAAAGUCAAGUGAGAAAUAUGGCCAAAUAUCCCUAUCUCAGAGGAAAUAACAGUGAGCACAAAUGAAACAAAUAUUAAAGAAAAACUUAAAACACUUAAAUUUUAGGCAAAAAUUAAGAUUUUGAAAUGCUGUUUAGUUUUAUAUCUUACUAUAGAACCAUUUGAGGUGAUUUCAAAAAAUAUAGAAGGCAUCUAAACAGUAAUUUUUGCUUUUAAAUUUUAUUCACACUUGACUGCAGGUUAUAUUUGGAUAUAGUUUCCAUUGCCACAAUUUCUGCCUCCUAGGAGGGUACAGUUUGGUGGAUGACAAACAUGAAGAUAAAAUUAAGGCGCUCUGAAACAGUACAAAAGAGAAUUAUGUACAUAAAAAGUGAACAGUAUAAGAAAAAAGGGAUUGACUCUGAGAAGAUCAGGGAUAUUGUCAAAAUGAAACUGACUGUAGAUAAAACACUGAAAGGUAUACAGACACACAUACACAUGCAGUCAAGGUGUUGGGGAAAGAAUGGCACAGUUAGGUAGAAAUAUACAUAGCUCAGAAGUUUUUAAAGGGUGCACGUGUAUGUUUUGAGGAGUGGGGAAGGGAAAGGAGACAAGAAAGAAGACAGUGCCAGAUCACGAAAGGUCCUGUGUGCCAUGCUAAAAAGACUGAAUUUAUCUUGCAGACAGGAAAUCACUGAGGGAAAAUGCAACAUAUAAGGGCUGGGUCUUGAGAGACACCAAAUAAACCACUAUGACUUCAGCUUAGCAGUGAGCCUGGAUACCGACUGAAUCGUGCCAAAGUGCCGUAGCCCCACCCCACAAAACACAAUUUGACCAGUCAUUUCUGAAACAUGGAGGAACUCAGGAUCCCUCAGAGACAAACAUCAUAUAAUCUGGAUGAUAAAAAAUCACAUAGGAUAUCAAACUCUGAGCUCUCAUCCCAACUAGAGCUAAAAUAUGAUUAUACAGACAUUGUACCAGACAUUUCAUAAUGGAGACCGGAGUCUGGAUCCCGGCAACUACAUUGCUAAUGAGUGAUCAGUACAAGUAAGUUACAUUCUUUAUUUCCACCUUCCUAUUAUAUGAAGCUAGGACUGCCCAUUCUUUCAAAUAUGCUAGGAAAAUAAAUUACCAUUUAAGUGUUUCUUUAAACUAAUGCAUUAGAUAAAUCUAAUGUUUAAUACUUAUAAGGGAGGUAACAACAACAACAACAAAAAAUGGAGAACAACAACAAAAAAAAAAACGAAAGAAAAAAACACCUAAGUUAUAGAUGAAUCCAAAGUACGAUUUACACGGCAGAACUUACCUUUGGAGAAAAGUUUGCCUUUUCAUAUACACAAACAUUUAUACUUAUUAUUUCAAAGUCCAUCCAAACAAAAUUUUAACAUGCAAGGUUAGAGGUAAAAUUAAAUUAUCUGCAUUGGGCAUCACCUUAAACGAAGGUAAGCUAAAAUAAUGCAGAUUAGUUCCCACGUUCAGAGUGCAACCCCUCCCCAUCCCAACAAAAAGCAAAGCCUAUUUAAAUCAAGAGAGCAGGGUUAUGUUCAGCAGUGACGUCCUCUGAUCUCAGUAAAUGUCAUCCUGUGCUCCCUCUGGAAGGGCGGACAUGGUGACAGCAUCAUUUCUGUGGUGUGUUAGAAAUGCAGUGCACAACCGUGGGGAUUAGCAGCCCACAUUUAAUGUGCUUAACAGCUUUAGCAGUUACAAAGCUGAUAAUCUGAUUUUUUUAAUGUACCUACAUGAGUAGUCUUAUGUGCUGAAAUAAUCAGUGCCUGUUAUUUGAAAUAUGUUAAUGAUAUAAUUGACUGGCAACCUUGGUCCCAUAUUGGAAAAGUGCUUUAUAAGCCAUGAUUUGUUUUAAUUUCUUAAUGCUCAUUCAUUAAUUUCUAUUGUUUAUUUCUACUUUAAUUUUUCUUGAGAAAACAUCUCAAAAUAACCUGUAGCCAUUAAUUUGCCUGGAUUUCACUAAUGAAUAAAUUUUUACAAAACUUUC